AUGAGAAGAUUCCUUCCUAAAUCUCUCGGCCUCAACCCAAAUUUCAAUUUGACAGGCUAUGCAGAUAUGAAAGGCUGCAGCUGCAAAGUUCCACAAGUAAAGCUUCAAGAAUAUCUCAGAGACGUAGGCAUUGAUAUGAGCCAAAUGGAAUCCCCUGAUAGCUCAAUAGUGCCAGUUGGCAAUGGGAUGGUCCUAUGCUCAACUACAGAUUUUUUUAACCCUUGUGUAGCAGACCCUUAUUUGCAAGGCCAAAUUGCUGCUUGCAAUGUAUUGAGUGACCUAUACGCGCUUGGAAUCAGCACCUGUACAAAUAUGCUGAUGGUUUUGGCUGUAAGCAAGCUUAUUGACGAAAAUGAUAAAAAGAUAGCGACUUCUCAGAUGAUGAAAGGGUUUAAUGACAUGGCAACAAAAGCUGGGACUACAGUAACUGGUGGGCAGUCAAUUAUAAAUCCUUGGCCUAUUAUAGGAGGUGUAGGGAUGUCAGUUGUCCCUGAAACACAAGUGAUAUAUCCACGUGGAGCUCAGCCAGGAGAUAUGCUUGUAUUAACCAAACCAUUAGGUUGCCAGCUUGCCGUCAAUCUUUAUGAAUGGUUUUACUACAAGCCUCAUCAGCUUGAAAAGCUUACAACUAAGCCAUCUGAAGAAAUAGUCAAUGAAAUAUUCAAUAAAGCUUGUGACUCAAUGGGCUCAUUAAAUAGAAAAGCAGCUGAGCUUAUGCAUAAAUAUGGAUCCAAAGGGGCAACUGAUGUAACUGGGUUUGGAAUUCUUGGACAUAGCAGGAAUUUGGCUUCAGUGCAGCAUGCGGAUGUGGAUAUUGUGAUACAUACUCUGCCAACGUUUGCUGGAGCUAUACAGUUUGAUAAGCAGGUUCAUAAUUAUAGGUUUAUUGAAGGGUUUUCAGCAGAAACAAGUGGAGGGCUUUUAGUUAUUCUUCCAAGGGAAAAUGCACAGUCUUAUAUAGAUGAUUUUGAAAGACAAGAAGGAAGGCAGGCGUGGAUUGUUGGGGAAGUAGUGCCAGGGACAAAGCAGGCUAGAGUUGUUGAGAAUCCAAAAAUUAUAAACGUAUAA